AUGGAUUGCCAAACCCUAUUGGAUGGGCUCGCAAAGGAGCGGGGGCUCUCUCUGACGCCUCUGGCCCGCAUGGGCAAGUACCCACGUUCGCGCAAAAUAGAGUGCUGUGGGGGGCUUGUCGUGCGGGUUGAGUGCGAAGGCUCCGCCGACUCGACGGUGUGCAUUCAAGACGGCAGUGGCCUCUGCUUUUGUGCGAUUCACGGCGAUAUCACGAGCCGCUACCCCGACGUCCUCUCAACAGGGGCGGUGCUGCUUUUUCAGGAUAUUACGUUAUUGCUGACGGGGGGGAAAAUGCCUCCGGUGUUGAUCGCGUGUAUGGAAAAUCUCGUGGGGUUGCUGCUUCCGGACGCCUCGGAGCCGCCCCUGGCGCGGGAACCCACCACCGAUCGGGACGGCAUCAACACCACCCCUCGCGAUCAAAUGGGCGAGGCCGUCUUCGAGGAUUCGGGACGUAUAACCUAUCCCUCGACGAUAACUUGCUCUCCUAUAGAAAGCAGAAAAAUAGCGCAGGGGAAGGAACCAGAACGUCUAAUUCCUACCAAUGACUCGAGGCAAAUCGAUUUAUUGGAUCGACAUCACGAUGCUAUGGAUGCCGAUGAUGACGAGAAUUGCUUGGAGCUAGUCGAUGACUUGUAA